GCAGACCCGGACAGCUGCAGCUCAGAACUUCAUCAGAGAGCGUGGCCGUGAAAAUGUUGAUGAUCUCUGCGCUGGUGGAAGCCCCACCAGGAGGAGGCACCUCCAUGUAUUAUGAAUCUCUUAUGCAUGUGAAUAACAGCUGUGGUUUAGCUCCGCCCCCUGCUUGACAACAUGCACGGAGAGCCAAAGUGAGAGCCAAUCUUCGGAACUGAGCUCUGUACAAGCCGGUCCAAACGUGGCUCCAGCUGCUCCGCGGGACUUCCCCCACAUUACCUCCGGAAACGCACCUUUGACAACUUUACGUGGCCGUGGGGGCGUGGCCCGACCCACCUUUGCUUGACACCGCCCUCUAAACUCGCUCGCUGAUGCUGAUCGGUCUGAUCGGAACCACGUAAAGGUACGCGGUCAGAGCGCGCAGGGACGCGUCAUCGUCGGUACAAACUGUCACAAAAGUUUAGACCUGCAGCUUGGAGCCGUGGACCCCCACCCACCGACCCCCCACCUUCAGCUGGCCAUCAUGGCUUCUAAAACAAAAUGGGAGAUGUUGAAAGACUGCGUGACCAAAAGCCCUCCCUCCGACCCAGAUGCCAAGCUGGAGGCGAACAUGGAGAACGCUGACCCUGAGCUGUGCAUCCGCCUGCUGCAGGUUCCUACAGAGGUGAACUACUCAGGUUUGAGGCGGCGCCUUGAGUCCAGCAACGAGUCUUGGAUGAUUCAGUUCCUGGAAAUGCAUGGUCUGGAUCUUCUGAUGGAGGCGCUGGAGCACCUGUCAGGCCGUGGCUGUGCCCGUAUGUCUGACGCUCUGCUGCAGCUCACCUGUGUGGGCUGUGUUCGUGCCAUCAUGAACUCCUCCCCAGGGGUUCACUUCAUCCUGGACAACCAGAUGUAUGUCAGGAACCUGAUUCAAGCUCUGGACACAUCUAACCUGAUGGUGAAGAUGCAGGUGUUUGAGCUGCUGGCAGCGCUCGCCCUCUUUGACCCUCAGGGACGUUACCUGACUCUGGACGCCUUCAACCACUACAAGAGCCUGAAGAAGCAGCAGUACCGCUUCAGCGUGAUCGUGAAUGAGCUUCAGGCCACCGACAACGCGCCGUACAUGGUGACGCUGAUGGGUGUGGUCAACGUGCUGCUCCUGGAACAGGAGGAUCUGCGCAGCAGGAACAGACUGCGGCAAGAAUUCAUCGGCCUGCAGCUGUUGGAUCUGCUCCCCAGAAUGAGGGAGACGGAGGACGUGGAUCUGAACAUCCAAUGUGAUGCUUUUGAGGAUUCCAUGGCGGAGGAUGAGGAGGAGAUGGAAAGGCUGUAUGGAGGGAUUGACAUGAGCAGUCACGAGGAAGUCUUCACCUCACUUUUUGCUAAGGUGUCCACCAGUCCGUCUGCUGUCCACCUGCUGUCCAUCCUUCAGGCGCUGCUGCUGGUGGAUCCCAACAGAUCCGACAUCUGGUCGGCCCUGGAGGAUCUGGCUGGACGGGCCACACUGCUGACUGAGGAGUGUGAGUCUGCAGCCUCCAUCCUGGAGAGGCUCCUCCCUCAAAAGCCCUCAGCCAAUCACAGGGUCCAAACAGUUGACAGGGCAAUUCAGACUCAGCUGCAGGGGCCCCUCACUACUGCAGCCCCCCCACCACCCCCCACUCCUCGUGUGGCUCCAGUUUUUGGCAGCUCGCCGUACUCCCCCACCUCUCACACGAGCCCCGUCCCCUGCCCCUCCUUAAGAAUGAAGAAGCUGAACUGGCAGAAACUCCCGCCCAGGGUGGUGACAGAUCAUCAGUCUUUGUGGACGUUGGAUCCUUCAGAGUCCGUGGAACCAGAUUACUGCAGCAUUGAGCAACUUUUCAGCUUCCCACCCACUGAGACCAAAACCAGAACCAAAACCAAGACUGAGCCCAAAGAGAUUUCCUUCAUCGAUGCCAAGAAAAGCCUGAGCCUCAACAUCUUUCUCAAGCAGUUCAAAUGCUCCCAUGAAGACUUUGUGUCCAUGAUCCGCAGAGGAGACAGAUCCAAGUUUGAUGUGGAGGUCCUGAAACAGCUGAUAAAACUGCUUCCGGAAAAACAUGAGGUAGAAAACCUGAAGUCUCACCAGGCGGACAAGGACCGGAUGGCAGCUGUGGACCAGUUUUACCUGCAGCUGCUGGAAGUCCCCAGUUACACUCUCAGGAUCAGAUGCAUGCUGCUGUGUGAGGAAAGUGGCUCUGUGCUGGAAACCCUGAGACCCAAAGCUGAACUGCUGGACCGAGCCUGCAAGAGUGUGAGGGACAGCACCCGGCUGCCCAGCUUCUGCAAGCUCAUCCUCAGUGUUGGAAACUUUCUGAACUAUGGAACUCACACUGGGAAUGCCGAGGGUUUUAAGAUCAGCACUCUGCUAAAACUGACAGAAACCAAAGCCAGUCAGUCCAGGAUCACGCUUCUGCACCACAUCCUGGAGGAGGUGGAAAAAGACCAUCCCGACCUGCUGCACCUGCCUGAAGACCUGGAGCUCUGUGAAAAGGCUGCUGGAGCAAACGCAGAGGCAAUCGAGGCUGAAGCAAACAACCUGAUGACACGGCUGAAAAACGCUCAGAACGAAGUGUCUUCUUCCUCUGAAGAUAUAAAGGAGCAGUACUUGUCCAUUAUCCAGGACAGUCUGGGGGCGUGGCAGCAGCUUCAGCAGGUGGUGUGCUCAAUAGAGGGCAGGAAGCACGACCUGGCUGACUACCUGUGCGAGGACAGCAGCAAGUUUUCCUUGGAUGAGCUCUUCAGCACCAUUAGGACCUUCAGGAGUCAGUUCAUCCAAGCCAUAAAGGAUAACGAAAAUCGAAGAGAGCAGGAGAAGAAGAGGAAGAAACGAGAAGAGAAACUCAGAGGAGACCCCUCCAGCCAGAUCGUUAGGAGAAAUGUGAACCAGCAGGACGAAGGCUGCAUUGUUGAUAACCUGCUGGCUGAGAUCAGGAAAGGUUACAGUCUGAAGAAGACCAGAUCUGGAAGCAGAAGACACAGCAGAUUCCGAGGACGUCAGACCGUAAGGAGGAUGACAGAAGUGGACCACAAGGAUCCCAUCAUGGAGUCUUGUGAGUCCGAACAGACUCUUCAGGUCUCCACAGAUCCAGAGCCAAGAUCACCUGAACCCAGCAAAGAUCUGGACCAGUCUGACAUCUCCACUCAACCUCAGACGCCCUCAGAGAAGUUCCUGGUUUCCACAGAUUCAGAACUCCAGAACUACAGAGACCCUUCAGGUGUGGAGAGUUUGUGUGAAUCUUUCACUACUGCUGCUGCUGACACAGAGGAGGACCAGAGUGCAGCGACAGCCCAGGUCUCCCAGGAUCCUUUGGGCUCUGACACUGCGACUAGAAGUCCUGCUGUACAGGAGGGAGUCCAGCUCAACACCGAGGAAGGAAUCCAAAAACAACACCUGGACUCUGCAGAGGCAGCAGAGGAGUUUGACUACGAGCUGGUCACCUCAUUAGAUGUGCUAAACACCGGAGAGGACCAGACCUCCAGUCCGGGAUGUUCAAAGACAGUCGGAGCCCACUCAGGAGCGAAGGCUCGUGGCAAGCGUUCCAAAAGGAAGACCUGCGUUCUUCAGUGAUGGGAGUCAACACUGCGGAACGACUGUGUCUGCACAGGAGACAUCAGCGUUUCAUGGUGACUGAACUCAGCAUGGAGCCAUCCUCUUUCUGUCCUCUCAGCUGAUGUGGCGUUUCUGAGGACUUUUCUUCUUUAACUGGAGUUUGUCUUAAAACCUGUGAAAAGUUCUGGCAUAUAUAUUUAUAUUAAAGACAUCAACAAAGGAA